AUGAACACCGUGGAACAAUACAACCAUCUGCCGUGUGAACCCCUGCAGUCGACUGCCGAACUUGUCUUACCUGUGACCACCCUGGUCAGCCUUUCUCUUCUCAGCCUCAUCUUUAUCCAUCGGUAUAUCAAACAUCGGAGACAAGCCCGCAUACCUAUCUCUGAACUUGAACAAGAGCAAGACUUCUGGCUUCAGUCUAUCACUAUGGAGAAAGGCGACAUCAUUUCCUCCGACUCGCGAUUUCCAUCUGCAUGCGAUAUCUUGCAACCUUUAUCGCAUACAAGCCUCCUCCCAAGCAGUGGAACUCUUGCUGCACAGGUCAGAGAACAGCAAAGUCAAAGAGCGGCCAUCGAUGCGAGUAGUACUUCUUCACCUGAGACAGGCGAGGUGCAAAAACGCAAUGAAUCCAUUCAGCAAAUGUGUGAGGAAGAUGCCGAGGGAGGGCGGACUUGGAAGCGUGUUGUUGUUGAGUAUAGAUAG